AAUUAUUUGAAGAGAAAAAAGAGAGAGAGAGAGAGAGAGUUGCAGGGGCAGUUCCUAAUCCCAUGGCAAACAAUCCCUUUUUUCCUGAAAAGAAGGGCAAGGUUGGAAGAGUCACAGACAGGUCUUUGCCUCUGAAAAAGCUACACAUGCCUUUGGCUUUGACAGAUUUAAGAUUACUCAGGGCUACUUUUGUCCAUUCACACCCCUCAACCUCAACCUCAAGAUAUACACUGACUUAACUACUGCUUGCUUCCACUGAGAGAGAAAGAAAAUGAAAAAUAGGUAAAAGAGCAUAGUGUGUGUUGGUGUAGCCACUCUGGAGACAGGAAAACCUACUCAACUUUUUUUAUUUUGGUUUAUGUUCUGAAAAUUCCUCUCCAUCUUCUUCUCCUUCCAAUUAUUUCCUACAAACCAAAGAAAGAAAUUAAAAAAAAAAAGUAAAAGUAAAACAACAGUUUUGAAUUUUUGAUCUUACUCUGAUCCUAAAUUUGUUCGGUUUCUUCUUUCUGACAAUGUCGGAACUUCUGCAUUCUCGAUUCUACAACUGACACUUUCAGCAAAGGCAACACCUUCUCACGUUUUUGUUGUUACUCGGUUACUUCCCACCAACAUGGCUUCAAAAUCCAGAUCCAGUUUAUCUGAAACACCCAACAAAGCAACCCCGGCUACUCCCAACAAGGCGCGACCAUCAACUCCCAACAAAACAUCACCUGCAACUCCAAGAGUUAGUAGACUCAGCAAAGGAGUGUCUAAACCGGAAUCAGAAUCACCGUCGCCUCUGCAAAAUUUGCGCCUGUCUUCAGAAAAAUCGUCACCACGAGCUUUGAAUUCAAAGCCUGCCACUGAGCGGAAAUCACCAAGACCCACUUCCACCACACCUGAUAAACAAAUUCCAAGAGUUGCAAAGGGUUCAGAAUUGCAGGCCCAGUUGAAUCUUGCUCAAGAAGAUCUAAAGAAAGCAAAGGAACAGCUGGUUCAGGCUGAGAAAGAGAAAGAAAAGGCAAUUGGUGAGUUGAAAGAAGCACAGAGAGUUGCUGAGGAAGCAAAUGAGAAACUCAGCGAGGCAAUAGUGGCUCAAAAGCGGGCUGAGGAGAGUUCUGAGAUUGAGAAGUUCCGAGCUGUUGAGUUGGAACAGGCCGGAAUUGAGGCCGCACAGAAGAAGGAAGAAGAAUGGCAGGAAGAGCUUGAAAGUGUGAGAAACCAACAUGCUUUGGAUGUGUCUGCUCUUCUCUCCACUACUCAGGAGCUUCAGCGGAUCAAGCAAGAACUUGCCAUGACUUGUGAUGCAAAGAACCAGGCACUGAGUCAUGCUGAUGAUGCAACUAAAAUUGCUGAGCUUCAUGUGGAGAAAGCAGAGAUUCUCUCAGUGGAACUGAUACGUUUGAAGGCUGUACUGGAUUCAAAGCUGGAAACUGAGGCUAUUGCAAACAACAUUGUAUUGGAGCUGCAAGCAGAGAUAGAAGCUCUUAAGGAAGAACUUGAAAAGGCAAAGGGUUAUGAUGCAAAGUUGGCAGAGAAAGAGAAUUAUAUUGAACAGCUUAAUGUGGAUCUUGAAGCUGCCAGGAUGGCUGAAUCUUAUGCACACAGUCUGCUAGAGGAGUGGACGAAAAAGGUUGAGGAACUAGAAGUGAGAGUUGAAGAAGCAAAUAAGUUGGAGAGAUCUGCAUCAGUGUCUUUGGAAUCCGUAAUGAAACAGUUAGAAGUAAACAAAGAUUUGUUGCAUGAAGCAGAAUCUGAAAUUUCUAGUCUUAAAGAGAAGGUGGGAUUGUUGGAAAUGACAAUUGCGAGACAGACAGGAGAUCUUGAGGAUUCAGAGUGUUGUCUUCAUGUGGCUAAGGAAGAGAGUCUUGAAUUGUCAAAGAAGGUUGAAUCUCUUGAAUCUGAACUCGAGACAGUCAAGGAAGAGAAGGCUCUGGCUUUGAACAACGAAAAACUUUCAGCUUCAAGUGUGCAGACCCUAUUAGAAGAGAAAGACAAACUAAUUAAUGAAUUGGAGAUCUUGAGAGAUGAAGAAGAAAAGACUAAAAAGGCAAUGGAAAGCCUAGCUUCUGCUUUACAUGAAGUAUCCGCAGAAGCUAGAGAUUCCAAAGAAAAGCUAUUGGCCAACCAUGUGGAACAUGAAAACUAUGAGACCCAGAUUGAAGAUUUAAAGUUGGUCUUAAAGGCAACUAAUGAAAAAUAUGAGUCCAUGCUUAAUGAUGCACGGCAUGAGAUUGACACUCUUACAUGUAGUGUUGAAAAUUCUAAGAGCAACAUCGAAAACUCCAAGGCAGAAUGGGAGCAGAGAGAACAUCAUCUUGUCAACUGCUUAAAGCUAACUGAAGAAGAGAACUCGUCCCUGGGAAAUGAAAUAAAUAGGCUGAUUCGUUUACUCAAGGACACAGAGGAAGAAGCUAAUGCCAAGAGGGAGGAAGAAGGCCAACUGAAGGAAAAUCUGAAGGAAGUUGAGGCUGAGGUGAUCCACCUGCAGGAAGAACUUAAAGAAGCAAAGGCUGAGAGCAUGAAGUUGAAGGAGAGUCUAUUGGAUAAAGAAAACGAGUUUCAGAAUGUUUUUCAAGAAAACGAGGAACUCCGCUUGAGGGAAUCCACAUCAAUUAAGAAGGUGGAGGAGUUAUCUAAGAUGCUCGAUGAAGUUACAAGCAGAAACCAGACAGAGGAAAAUGGGGAUCUUACUGAAAGUGAGAAAGACUACGACAUGCUUCCUAAAGUAGUUGAAUUCUCUGAAGAGAAUGGACAUGGAGGAGAAGACUUAUUAUCCAAAAAGGUAGAGCUUUCAGCCAAUGAAGAGGGACUCAAACAAAGGGUACAGGAAGAAAGUAUUCCCAUGGAUGACAAGUCUGAAAAAACUGAAUCUCCUAAUCCUGAGAAUGUGAAUGGAAAAGUAAAUGAAGAUGCGAGCAAAGGAAAAGAUGCCUUGGUAGAUGCCGAAUUUAAAAUGUGGGAGAGCUGCAAGAUAGAGAAGAAGGAGUUCUCACCAGAGAGAGAACCAGAGCCUGAAUCCUUUGAAGAGGAAGAAGUUGACUCAAAGAUAGAGGGUGGUGAGGGCUUUGACCAGGUAAAUGGAACCUCUUUAAAAGAAAAGGUUGAUGAUAUUGGGAACUCGCCAUCAAAGCAACAAGUGAAGAAGAAGAAGAAGCCUUUGCUUGGCAAGUUCGGAAGCCUGCUCAAGAAAAAGGGUGGUAGCAACCACAAAUAGAAUGAACAAUGGCAGGUAUAUUGAAAAAACAUUAAAGAAUUGUUUGACAUGUAUUUGCUUUAUGAUUUUUGCUUCUUGAAUAGCUUUUAAAGAAUGACAAGGCAUGUAAUCUUGUUUAGGAGUCUUACUCUAGUCACUUAUUUUGGGUUGCGGUUCUCCAUGUUGGCAGUAAAUUGUAUGUGGUGGAAUUAUUAUAUAUUUUUUUUGCCCCCCUUUAUUCUGCUUUUCUCCUUGCCCUUCUAUAUAGAUCUGACUAAAGAACUGGCAAGUUGGAUCGUAUUUUUAUAUCAUCUUGAUUCCCAUGAAAGGCUAGAUAGAAGUUCUGAUGUUUGCUA